AAUUUCCCAUUUCUUCAGCUUUCCCUGUCUACCUGUGACAUCACUGUUCUGCUAAACUUCAGCGUUCCCCUCACUUGUCUUCCUGACGAUGCUCCUGUGCUGGCUGACUCUACAUACACCUGGAGCUUCACGUCUGCUCACACACAGCAGCAGCUCACACUUGAGGAGAAAGGAAAAAUCCUGAACCUCAGAAACAUAGAAACCACCCAAGAAGGACAGUACAAGUGUGUUCAGGAUGGCUAUAAAGGAGAGGAUCGUGUGAGGUUGAGGAGAACAUUCACGAUACGUGUGAAAGCGCCCCCACCCUUUCAGGAAUGGCAGGUCGUCAGAGUAGUAGCUGGGAAUGAUGUGAUGCUUCCGUGCAAGGUUGCUAAAUUUUUCUCUUCCAGAGAGACAGAAAAACACCCUGUUUUCUGGAAACGAGAAACAGGAAAAGGUGAUAUGCUUCUCAUGCCCGACAAAGACACAGACGACCAAGAGGAGGACAAGACACCUCCGAGGGUUUUCUGGGACAUCAGCUCUAAAGAACAGGACUGGGCGAUUAAAAUUAGUCAGACCAGAGAGGAAGAUGCUGGGAUGUACCACUGUGUCAUAACUAAUACAACUCAGAUGCUGUCAGUAGAGCUGGAAGUGGAAGCCCCUCCUCCACCGCGCUGCUUUGGCCACACUGACCCAUGGGAGGCCUGUGAGGAUCAGGACAGCAGAUCAGGGACGGCAAUUCUGCAGGACUCACUCAGAGAAUUCUCCACCUCUGUAUAUGCAGAUCUUAAAGGUUCAAAACCCAAAACCAACUUGAUCUUCUCCCCAGUCAGCAUUGCUGUAGCUCUUUAUAACCUGCUAUUGGGUGCUCGAGGUGAGACCAGAACACAGCUGGAAGAUGCUCUUAGGCUUCCCUCAGAAUUCUUCUGUGUGCAUUUUGAGACAAAGAAACUGAAAGAAGUGAUAAAGGACACACUGGGAAUGGCCUCUGCCAUCUUUUAUUCCCCAGGUAAGCACAGAAAAAAAAAACACACUUAUUAUCUAAGAUGUCGGCAGUUCACUCUUACGGGCAAAAACAGCCUGUACAAACUGAUCCCGCGCACAAUGUCAGAAGAAUCUUUUGUAUUGAUGGAAAAUAAUAUAAACGGAGAGUCCAUUGAAGCAAUGGUUUCUGAGAUGAAUACAAUCCCAGCCCAAACCGCUGAGGUCAUACUGCCUAAAAUUAAACUGACAGUGGACACACCAUUAGAGGGCUUACUGAGGAAUCUGGGUUUGUCAGAUCUCUUCUUAAAGCCUAACUUGUGUGGAAUAUUCCCGGAUGAAUCGGAAUCAUUCAUCUCAGACGUUCGUCAUAGUGCCUUUCUCUCGUUGACCGAGAAGGGGGUGGAGGCCGCAGCAGCCACAAGCAUCUCUUUUUCUCGCUCCUUCUCUUCUUUCGCGGCUCUACAGCCCUUCGUUCUGAUACUGUGGAGCGAUGAGGCUGGCGCUCCUCUAUUCAUGGGAAGAAUAAUUAAUCCAUAAAAAGAGAGAGAUAAAAAAAAGACAUCACAACAGUGUUUCGCCACAAAAAAUAAAAAUGAAACUUUCUGUUCUACAUUCAUUCAUUUAUCACAAACAAAUGCAUUUAUGUAACAAUAUCAUGUUAUGCAUAGAAUUAGAAUGCAUGCAGAAUCUCGGUCAUUAAAGAUGUACUUUACAUCA